AUGUACUCAAAGUCACUUGGAUUCGAUCCAAUCCCAAUGACCCUGGCAAAUCUCGAGUCCAUCACUUUUGCCUUGGACUGUAGGGCAACCGAUCUUGAUCUUGCAGCUUUCACAUGGGAACUGAAGCGAUAUAUCCCGGGAUCUGACUCUGGUUCUGGGUUUGGCUUUAGAGUUUCUUCGUCCGCUCGACGCUGGAACGGUGUGGGAUACCAGUACCACCAGCACGUACUAUGCAAGUAUCAUGAGAUUGAGGAUGGAAAUGGGCCCCAUGAUGCAGGGCAUUGGGCACCCUCGAACACCCCCUCCCUGCACCGCGCAAGUUCCAGAGACCUGCAAAACCCCCAAAGAAAAUGGACCCUCUCGGCCAGUGCAAACAUGUACCGAUAA